UCUUUUCCGUAUUUUCUCAGUUGCAUGGAGCAGGUUGUCACGCGCGAUCCCGAUGCUCAAGUCAUUUUCCCCUUGUGGCCCGGGCUCCCUCUGCGGGGAUGUUAUAAGGACUGGGAUGCAACGCUUAUCGUUUUUUACUGGCUUACUGAAAUACAGAAGAAAAAUCUGAUGACUAUUCUGGCAGCUGGAGGAGAAGCUAGAAACCUGAUUCCUAUGGCUAAAUAACCAAGGCACACUAGUGUACGAUUUUCUUCAGAAAGCUGGUAGAACAGACUGCUGUGCCAGUCGGUCUGAUUUCUGAGUUUGUGAAUUUGUUGGACCAGAGUGACUCAUCUUUGCUUUGAAAAACCUCUCUGCAGUUUUACUCCAGCAUCUGUUUUUACUGAAGACAUUUAAACAGAAGGAGUAAGCCGGGACACCGUUAUGCACGCCUGCCUGUAUUUAGGAAGACUUAUGCCUGCCUUUUAACUGUACACAUUACCAUUUUAAGGAUUACUUUGACAUGACAGAAGAAAUUAUUUCAUCCGUUGUCUGCAGGACCCACCACAGAUGAUGGUCACUGUUAGCUUCCCAUUCUGAAACGCAGUACCAGAUGCUUCUGAGCCUCUUUACUUCAUAAGUUGCAAAUUGAGAAAACAAAUAGCAAUUGUUUAAAAAAAUGAGUGAUGGAAAGUGGGUAACCCUUAACCCUGCCGAGUUUGCUCAGCUUCAGCAAUAUUCAGAAUAUUCUACAAAGAAGCUAAAAGAUGUAUUAGAAGAAUUUCAUGGGGAUGGGGUUUUAUCAAAGUAUAACCCUGACCAGCCUAUAGAUUAUGAAGGAUUUAAAAUAUUUAUGAAAGCCUACCUUGAAGUGGACAUCCCAGAGGAACUGUGUCAGCAUCUGUUUAUGUCAUUUAAAAGGAAGACACAUCAGAAUUCUCCAGAAUCACAGAGACAAGGCUCCAGUAUCUCACAGCUGAAUGUAUUAGAGCCCAAAACCAUAGAUGCUGGCAUUUCCAUUCAGACAGAAGUAGCGUGUGCCCCCAUUACAGGAAUCAAUGGGAAAAGCAUACUGAAUGCCAUGGCGAGGCAUGCUGCUGAAUGCAAAAGUUCGCAAGGUAAUGUGUCUGAUCAGCAGCCUGCAGCCUGUCCAGCUCCAAUCGCUGCCAUGGCCUCCAUUACUACUGCAGCAGCUUCCCCCACUUCAUCAAGGUCAUCCUCACAAAGAUCCAACGCAGGAACUCCGUCUGCUCAUAACUCAUCAGGAUCCUCUAAGAUCUCCUCUGGAUCACUCCUUAAUCCUCAGUCUCCAGGAACAAGAAGUGCAGAGAAAAAGAUGAGCCUUGGACUACGAAAAAGCCUUAGCCCCAUGAAGACCAUUCCACCUGUGCAGCCUGUACCAGCACCACAGGUUGUAUACCUAAAGGACAUUGUCUGCUAUCUGUCCCUUUUGGAGAGAGGACAAGCUGAAGACAAACUAGAAUUUAUGUUUCGACUGUAUGACACUGAUGGAAAUGGAGUCCUGGACAGCUCAGAAGUAGAUCGAAUUAUUAAUCAAAUGGUCCACGUUGCUGAAUACCUGGAAUGGGAUGCCACGGAGCUCAGACCAAUCUUAAAGGAGAUGAUGGAAGAAAUUGACUAUGACCAUGAUGGGACAGUAACGCUCGAAGAAUGGAUACGAGGUGGAAUGACAACAAUCCCGUUGUUAGUCCUUCUUGGCAUGGAAACGAACGUUAAGGAUGAUGGUCAGCACGUGUGGAAACUGAAACACUUUAACAAGCCCGCAUACUGUAAUUACUGUCGGAAUAUGCUUUUGGGAGUUAGGAAACAAGGCCUUUGCUGUUCUUUUUGCAGAUAUACUGUACAUGAAAGAUGUGUGUCCAAAGAACUUGUUCCAUGUAUAAGCACGUAUGUAAAAUCCAGGAGAAACACAAAUGUAAUGCAGCACUGCUGGGUAGAAGGCAAUGUCCCUGCCAAAUGUGAUCGCUGCCACAAAAGCAUCAAAUGCUAUCAGGGCAUCACCGGUCUCCACUGUGUAUGGUGUCAAAGUUCUUAUCACAACAAAUGUGCCUCACAUAUAAAACCAGAAUGUGAUGGUGGCCAGUUAAAAGACCAUAUUUUACUUCCUUCACAUAUAUGUCCUGUGGUUUUGGACAGACAGCCAAAUCAAAAGAGAACAGACAGUGAUUCCCCAUCUAGUACAAGUCCAGAUGACAGCUGCCUGUCUUUCAAGUUUAACACAACUACAGUUGAUGGACAAGGUCUACAGAUCACCCCUUCGUCUGGUACACAUCCCCUUCUGGUCUUUGUGAACCCCAAAAGUGGUGGAAGACAAGGAGAAAGAGUUCUCAGAAAAUUCCAGUAUCUUCUUAACCCACGACAAGUGUACAGCCUUGACAGGGGUGGGCCAACAGCAGGGUUGAAUUUUUUCCGUGAUGUACCUGAUUUUCGAAUCCUGGCGUGUGGAGGAGAUGGGACGGUUGGAUGGAUACUUGAUUGCAUAGACAAAACUAAUUUAUCGAAACACCCACCAGUAGCUGUACUUCCACUUGGCACAGGAAAUGAUCUUGCCAGGUGCUUGCGAUGGGGAGGUGGUUAUGAAGGAAGCAGUUUACUUAAGAUACUAAAGGACAUAGAACACUGUAUAGAAGUGAUGCUAGACCGCUGGAGUAUAGAGGUUAUACCCAGUAACAAAGAGGAGAAGGGAGAUCCAGUACCUUACAGCAUCGUAAACAAUUACUUUUCCAUAGGAGUGGAUGCAUCUAUUGCACACAGAUUUCAUAUGAUGAGAGAAAAGCAUCCUGAAAAAUUUAACAGCAGAAUGAAAAACAAACUGUGGUAUUUCGAGUUUGGAACAACUGAAACCUUUUCAGCAACUUGCAAGAAAUUAUAUGAAUACUUGGAAGUGGAGUGCGACGGCAUUGUACUAGAUCUGAGUAAUACGUCACUUGAAGGAAUUGCAGUUCUUAACAUUCCUAGCAUGCAUGGUGGCUCCAACCUUUGGGGAGAGACGAAGAAGAGGAGGAAUUACAGUCGUAUUAACAAGAAAGUGCCAGAAAAACUGCAUUGCACAACUGUCACUGAUGCAAAGGAACUCAAAUUCUGCGUACAAGACCUCAGUGAUCAGCUGCUAGAAGUAGUUGGCUUGGAAGGUGCCAUGGAAAUGGGUCAGAUCUACACAGGAUUAAAAAGUGCUGGAAAGCGACUGGCACAGUGCUCUUGUGUCACUAUUAGAACGUCUAGACUGUUACCCAUGCAGAUAGAUGGUGAACCUUGGAUGCAACCACCUUGUACUAUUAAAAUUACUCACAAGAAUCAAGUGCCGAUGCUGUUAGGACCUCCAAUCAAAACAAAUUUUUUUUUCCUGAAGAGGAGAAACCGGAGCAGAGAUUAGCAGAAUAUUUUCAAGGCUGCCUCCAUCACAGAAUGCAAAUAUGCCAUGUGGACAACUGAUCAUUGUUUAAUUUUUUAUUUUCAUUAUUACAUUGGACCUUCUGUAGGAAAACUGAAUCAUUCAGAAGAUGGUUGCAAAAUGAUGCUGCAAAAGACUAUCAAGUUCUGCUGCAAGCUGUGGUUCAUUAAAGGUUUGAAUCUAGCACUGACCAAGAUUUACUUACAAUUUACACUUUGCUCUUUAGAUAUUUUCCAAUGCACAGUAUUAAUUUAUGAUAUACAGAAAAGCAAAAGUGCACAGCAUAUGUGGGUUACAGAACUGUUAAUCUAGAUUAACAGAUCUUGUUAGCAGAAAGUUCAUCAGUUUUACUCCUCUAAAAAUUGAUUUUUACUUUGUCUUGCUUUAUAUUGAAAGUUAUUAGUCACCACUGAGAUCAUAUCAGAGAUUAUACAGAAGCAUUUUAGAUGUUUCUUUUUUCAUUAUUUGUCUUUAUUGUAAAAGCAUAGAACUUAAGUCCUUCUGAAAGUUAAUACUCUGAAAAAUUAUUCAAAAGCAUCCCUAACGGCUGUGUCUCCAUAGCUAGUUCCAUUGACAUGCAGGCAUAAAAGCCUCAAUAUAGUCCAGUAACAUGAGAUUGGUUAAUGCAUAAGAGAUACAAGAUGGGAAUGAGAGUGCCCAUCCAAAGAAGGAAUGACAUGAUCUGAUGCUAUCCAGUCAUGUAGAAGAAGGAAGGUAUUACAAGUCGCCGUCAUGAGUGUGGGCAUUCUGUCAGUGCUUCAGUGGCAAUUCUUAUUGCAUGUGCACAGGAGGAUGAACCUGUACCAUGGACACUGUCAUGGUCUCAACAAUGAUGUUAACUAUCUGUUGUCUUGACCGGGAGAAGGAUUAGAUUUAGUCCCUUAUUCUCAAUAUGCCAUCAUGUGUGCAUUCACUGCUGUGUCCUCCUGUAUGAUGACCUCUGCCGACCACCACUCACCCUCCCUGGGAGAGACCCAGGGUGGAGGAACAAAUACGGCUCACUGGUAGGAAGAGAAGGAGAUAUGACAGUCAGCAGGCAAAGCUGGAAAAUGCUUAAUAAAAAAAUAAAUCUGCUUACCCCAAACAAAAGCACAGCUCUUGGAUGGUAGACAAAAGGAUCUGCCUUAAGACUGCAUCCUGAAAUGUAGCAUCUUGCAGACUGAAAAUGUUUUGUAAUGCACUGUGUACUACUACAGAGCAAUUAAAGUACAACCAUACCUGCAGACUAAAAUGAGUGGCUUUCAUAUUAAUUUGACAUUUCCUUAAAUACUGCAUCUCCUGUGUCCAACUAAGUGAUAUGUAUUAUUUACCAGUUUUCAUUUCCUAAAAUGGUCUGAUGAGAGCUAUUAUGCAAUGUCAUUUCAUUUUAUAUCCAAUGUUCAUUUUUACAAAAAAAUACAUAAAGACAAAAGCAUUUCUGUGGUCCUGUCUAUCCAUUCAUUUACACUGCAGUGCUGUGACAGUCAGCUUUGUUUCUCUGUCAAUGGAAAGACUGUCGUUUAUCUUUUUAUGACUGUCUUUGAUUUUUAUUAUUGGCCUUUUUCAGAGUCUUGAAAAAAGAAGGCAACGUUUAUUUUGUUCAUCUUCAUAACUGUAGUGCCAGGCUAUAGUUCCUAGCUGAGCUAAGAAGAUCGUCACAUGAAACUGACAAAUUACACUGAAAAGACCCAAGGACCAUGUACCAAAUUUCAAGACUUUUUUAUUUGUUCUGUAGAUAGAUUCUUUUAACAAGAAUCAAUGAUCUAAUUAAUUUUUUUCCUUAAUGCCGUUGCUGUUUUGAAGUAGUUGCUCCUUCUGUCCUCAGUGGUAUCUGUUAUAUAUAAUAGAUGCCAUGACAAAUGCUGCAACACUGAUGUGAGAUUGCCAUUAAUGCCAAAAUGAAACAUCAGAAUCAGCUAUAACUAGGAAGUAGAGGGACUCCCAUUAUGUUUUUCUUUAUAUGUUUCACUCCAGGAAAAAGACAAGGAACAAACGUUUGUGAUGCAACAAAUUUUCCAAUUGGGUAAUGCUGUCAUUUAAAAUUCUUGAGCAUAGAAAGGAAAUCCUAUUACUCUAAGUAUUUCUGUGAAUUUACUUGCACUGGGUCAUUUACAAAACUAACUUUGCUCUCACUGAAGAUACCUGUUCAGGACAGUUACAAAAAGAAUAAAAACAAGCCAUCGAGAGACAAGACGCAGGUUCAUACUGAAUACCCAGUUCCACAGAAAGUGGUGUGGAACCUUCUUAACAUUUUUAAUGACACCAGUCUGCAUUACCAAGCAUGUUCCUGUUCUGUCAGUAUAACAAAAUGGGGAGGUGCAAUUCGCUUUUAGUUUUUGUUUCAUCUUUCUGUUUGUAAGCCAAUUUAUAUGUCAUUCUGCAGCACUAAGCAAAAUUGUGCUACAUCUAAGAUACAAAUUCCAGUUUUUGAAAUUGUACUUGUAUCUUUAAGAGACAGGAGGUGAAGUCAGCUGUUUCAUACUAGUCCCAACAAAAAAUAAGAGUUGCUUUGUUUGAAGUAAUACAAUACUGCAGAUUUCAUUCCUAUAUAUAUUAUAUUUUUUGUUUAGUAGUCAAUAUUAUGCAUUUUAUUUAGAUCACCAAGGUUCUAGAUUUCUAUUUAUUUCAGUAAGUGAUCCUGUAUGUGAUAUUCAAAGGUUUAGUCAUUUUAACAUUUUAAAUUGAUAUGAAAGACAGUGAAACACACUUAUGACACUUUUUAUUUUCUUACAUUAGUGUUCUUUUCUGUAUAUAAUUUGUAUAUUUAUUAUAUCUGCAUUUUAUUUAACACAAAUAAUUUCAAAAAGUAGUACAUCUAAUAUAUAAAGAUUAACAGGCAGUAUAUGUUUGUUUUUUUCAAGUAAGGCUUAAACAGGUUUUCAUAAUGCUUUAACUUAAAAACAAAUGUAAUGCAAAAAUACUAAGUCAUGACCAUACUUUUAAAAACUCCCUCUUUGUGGUGGUUUUGUUCUCAUGCAUGAAAAAUAAACCAGAAAAUUAUUGAGAUUAAAAUACUGGAUAGCAAAACUGAAAACUCAGAUGUUAAAUCCCAUCAGCCCAUUCACUUCAGGUGUUUGUUGUGUGACUUUGUAAAAAGUCAAUUAAACUGCCUGAAUUCCAUUAUUAUUCCAACCCAAAAGGGCCUAUAGUCAUAGUUAACAACUCAUGACAUUAAAAUAAAUCAAUAAGUAUGGUCAGAACAUGAGAUAUUUUAAUAGUAAGGGUUUAUCAUGAACACUGCUUCAUUAACUUGAGCAUGACUAACUUUUAUUUUUUUUAUCAAUAUAUUUUAUUAAACAUUCUUUAGAAUCUACUUAAGAUGCUAAGAAAAUUGAUAACUACUCUAACAUUCAGAUGAGUAGUGAUUUUUUUAAUGAGCUAAGCAAACAUUUUUCUACUAAAUAUUCUAACUUUACUACAUGCCACCAUAAAUGUUUUUUUUAGAAGUUCUCCUUCCCUCUAGUAUGCCUUAAACAUAAAUGCAACUAUAAUAUCAUAGUUGCUUUGAAGCAGAGCUUCCAAUUCUCUCUGAAAAAAAAAGCAUAUAUGUUGCAUCAAAAUAUUAAUUUUGGUUUUCAAUGACUGGCAAAACCUAAGAGCAAAGAUAAAAGAAAAAUAGUGGAGUGCAUGUGUUCACUAUGUGAGAUGUUUUGACCUCUUAAAUAGCAAAAUUAUUGAAACUGCAGUCUUUAGAAUUGUAAAACAUUUUUUUCAUAUCAAUCCUUUGAAUAAUGUUUCUUUUGGUGGGGAAAACUGCUUUCAGGAAAUUAAAUACAGCAGACAAUGAUUUGACUUGAGGAUCAUUAAAUAAGUGUAAAUAAUAAAAUACUAUAGAAAUCUGUCCUUAAUUAAAUUAAAACAUGCAUGCUAUGACUCUUAAGAAAGGAAGGAAUGAUGCUGCUGUUGACAAAACCAUGUUUCCUAGUUUCAUAGGUUGUUACUAAACUAAUGACCAUGAAGAGCCUUACAAACCUAGCCAUGCACCUCAAACACAUCUGGACCCAAGUAUUACAGGCAUCUCUGUGGGUGGGAGGCAUGUCAGUAGGGGGUAACUAAGGGGUUUGUAGAAUGGGAUGUUAGGAUGAUACUUUUGUUAUUGAUGCCUACUGUCCAUAAGGGACAUGGGAGCCAAACCAGGGGAAAAUUUACAAUUUCAAAUCCAAUUUUCUGGCUUUCAUUUCAAUAUGGUUAGGGAUGAUCUCUGUUUUACAUGGAUGGGAAGCCUAUUCAAUAGCAUGGGCAUCGUUUGGGACCCAUAUCUGUCUCUCCAGCAUGUUCUGUUUAUGUCAUGAGUGAAGUUCAAAUCCCCGGGUGUAACAUUUCUGGUGAAGUUUGUUUUGCACAUGUGCAACAAAUACAUCAGGGUUGAUUCUGAGGAAACACUGUAAGUCAGGCAACGAUCCCCUCUCAGCAGCUUUAGGAGACUGAAUGCAGAGGCAGAGCAUUUAGGUGACCAGUAUAGGGCAGGGUAUUCAUGUCCUGAAUUCUCCUGGUGAGAAACCUUUGUGGAUUGCUGAAAGUGUUAAACUUUUUUGUAUAAUGUUGGUGUCUUGGGGGCAAUCUAUAAUAGCUCCUAUUUAUGGUCAUCUCCACAUUUGGUGAGCCAGAGGCUUUGAAUGUUAGCAUUGGUAAACAGGAAUGGUCCAAAGAUAAGAAUCAAACCCUGUACCUUGUAUGUCUGAGGUAAACACUGUAACCAUUAUGCCAGCCCUCAUUUUAAAUAAGACACAUUGGUUGAUAGAUAAGUACUAGACUAACUGCCCUUGCAGGGCAUUUGGUGCCUAGAUAAUUUCCCUUUGAAGAUAAGAAUGAAACCAUGUACCUUGUGCAUGGGAGGUAAAGACCUUCACUAAUAUGCCACUACACAACUGGUCCCCUAUUGUAGCUCCUUUAAUCAACAUCAGAUUAUUCAAACCAGAAGCAAACAAAAAACAAAAACCUUGGGAGGUUGAUAGUCAAAGCAGCAACACUGACAAUGUUGCAAAACAUUUUUUUUUUGCAGGGAACAAGAUCACCCAGCACCAUCCCAGUAUGGAGCAAAUUCCCCACAUCCCUGAACAUAUAUAUAUCUGUAGAGAGAGAGAGAGUGUGUGUGUUAGAGAAAUAUAUAAAUAGAUAUAGCACUGCUAAUAAGAAAAACAUAGCUUGGUACAGGACUGCCUUUCUGCAAAUCAGCCACUUGCAAAAUACUGCAGAAAGUGACUCGGUGUUUGAACCGGAUGAAAAUGAUGAUAAAGAUUUCAUUCCAAGGAACAAUAUCAAGGCUAAAUAAGUAGCAGCAGGGUUAGCAUGCUUGCUUAGUUACAAUAUUUCUGACUCACAGCACCAGGGUUAGGUGUUCCAAUCUAACCUCUUCUCACUGUCUAUGUUUGGUUUUAAAUGUUCUAUGUCCACAUGGAUUUUGCAAAGUACUCUAGUUUCUUCCCAUUUGCCAGAACACAUGCUGGUUGAUUACCUGUAUUAAAUGUUAAUGUCAUGUGUUGCUUUUAUCCUUCUCUUGUGGUCCAGGUCAUGACUGACAAAAGGCCCAUGGUCCAGCCUAUCUACACAAUUUACAAAUGUUAUAGCUAAACAAAGAAAGAAAUGAGUGCACAAAAAAACAAACAUGCAUGGGGGAGUUACAUAUAUACUUAGUGUACUGCAGAUGAGAAAAAAUACACAACAAAGAGAGCAGACAUUGAGGUUAGUUGCACAUUGUCUGUAAAGCAUGCUCCUAUGGCAAAAAUGCAAGUCUUGAUAUAAUGUAUUCUGUGUUAUAAAUAUAGUAAGUGUAUAUCAUCUUGAUAUCCCACUGACUGGCUAUUUUUUUUUUCUGAAAGUAAG